AGAGAGGAGAGAGAGAGAGAGAAGGAGAAGAACAAAAGAAAAAGAGGAUGGAUGCAAAGAUAUGCAGUGAGCAGCAGAGAGGGUGUUGGCUUCCAUGGCUGAUCAUAAUUUCUGUAUUUGCUAUCUCCAUCUUUCCUACAGAUUCUACUUCAAUUAGAAGCCAAAAACAAGAGAGCAAUCUGCAGAAAAUUGAAGCAGGUUUAGCUCAUGCUCGAGCUGCAAUCAAGAAAGCUACAAAUCAGUCGAGUGAAGAUCCAGAUUAUGUCCCAUCUGGAUCAGCUUAUUGGAACCCUAAUUCCUUCCACAGGAGUUAUUUGGAAAUGGAAAAACGCUUCAAGAUUUACGUCUACGAAGAAGGAGAUCCUCCAAUAUUUCACACUGCACCUUGCUAUGGAAUCCUGGGAUUAGAGGGGAUUUUCAUCAACGACAUGGAAAUCAGUCGAUUUCGUACCAAAGAUCCCCAAAAAGCUCAUGUUUAUUUCCUUCCCUUUAGCAUCAUUACACUUAUCAACUAUGUUUACAUAGUAGGAUCCCAUGAUUGGAGUCCUAUGUACGAUACGGUCCGUGACUAUAUCACUGUCAUCAACCACAAAUAUCCUCACUGGAACCGAAGCCAAGGAGCCGAUCACUUCAUGCUCGCAUGCCACGACUGGGGGCCUAGCAUAUCGAAAUCGGUUCCUUACCUGUUCAAAAACUCGAUCCGUGCUUUAUGCAAUGCAAAUACGUCCGAAGGGUUCAAACUCUCGAGAGAUGUCUCAAUCCCGGAAAUCUACCUCCCACACGGCACAACCAACGGUUUACUUGGCGGUCCCUCCCCUUCGAAAAGAACGAUCUUGGUCUUUUUCUCCGGUGGCGUCCAUGGAUACAUCCGAGAGGUACUUCUCAAACAUUGGGAAAAUAAGACUGAAGACGGUGUUAAAAUUCAGAAAUACCUCCCAAAGGGAGACGAUUACUAUCAACAGGUUAGAAAGAGCAAGUAUUGCAUUUGUGCUAGCGGGUGGGAAGUUGCAAGCCCUCGAAUGGUUGAAGCUCUUUAUAUGGGGUGCGUCCCCGUGCUUGUCAAGGACAAUUAUGCAAAACCUUUUAGCGACGUUUUGAAUUGGGAUACAUUUUCGGUCGAUAUUCCAACAAGCCAGAUCCCCCAAUUGAAGGAUAUAUUGAUGGCGAUACCGCAGAGGAAGUAUUUAAGGUUGCAAAAGAAUGGUGCUCAAGUUCGAAAGCAUUUUGUGGUGAAUUUGCCUCCGAAAAGAUACGAUGUUUUUCAUAUGAUACUUCAUUCGAUUUGGCUUAGAAGGCUCGACACUCACAUUCGAGAUAUCAACGACCAAUCAUAAUGGUUUGGUUGGUCUUUUCGAUAUCACGAUUGUGUAUAUUUGAGCUCCUUAUGAAUCACUCGUUGAGAGUUGGAAAAAAAAAAUACACUAAAUAUAGUUAUUGUUACAUUCGUUAUAAGAUAAAAUUAUUCCGCUC